CCUCCACCUUGUCAUCCUCCACCUCCUCACCGUCGUCGUCCUCCUAGCCCCGGCCUACCACCAUGGACAUCGGCGGCCUCGAGACGGUGGUGGCCAACUCGGCGUACGUGGCGGCGCGCGGCGACCUGGACGGUGGCGGCGGCGGGGGCGGCGGGGGCGGCGGCGGCCGUGACCGCAAGAUGCACGCGCGCCUCAAGCUGCCGCACGUGCUGCGCCUGGACGAGGUGCAGGCGCGUGUCCUGGCGCUCUACCCCUCGCCCUCGUCACCCACGCUGCCCUCCUUCGAGCAAGUCUGCCACCUCGAGCCCAUCGGCCGCCACCUCUUCCGUCAGUUUCUCGAGACGCACAAGUUGUUCCGGCCUGCCGGAGAGCUCCUCCAGGCUUGCGAGGACCUGGACAUGAGCGAAGAGUCGGAAAGGCUCAAGAAGGGUCAGAAGAUCAUCGCAGAGCACAUGGAUGACAAGAAGCCCGCCUCGUUCUGCUCCUUCCUGAGCGCCGCGGCCAUGGAGGCCGCCCGGGCCCACGGCUCCUUCGCCGAGGCCCUGGCGGAGACGACGGAGUUCUUGCAGUCGCGCACCCUCGCCGAGUACGUGGAGAGCCCGCGCUACCUGCGCUACCUGCAGUUCAAGUGGCUCGAGAUGCAGCCCAUAGGCGAGGAGUGGUUCUCCGACUUCCGCGUGCUCGGAAAGGGCGGCUUCGGUGAGGUGUGCGCCUGCCAGGCGAAGGCGACGGGCAAGCUGUACGCCAACAAGAAGCUCAACAAGAAGCGGCUGAAGAAGAGGGGAGGCUAUGAGGGCGCGCUCGUGGAGAAGGUGAUCCUGGAGAAGCUGCAUAGCCGCUUCAUCGUGUCGCUCUCCUACGCCUUCCAGAGCAAGCUGGAGCUCUGCCUCGUCAUGACCAUCAUGAACGGCGGAGACCUCAGGUUUCACAUCUACGAUGUGGACGACGCCAACCAGGGCUUCCCGGAGGCGCGCGCCUUCUUCUACGCGGCGCAGAUCGUGUGCGGCCUCGAGCACCUCCACCAGAACCGCAUUGUCUACCGCGAUCUCAAGCCCGAGAACGUGCUGCUCGACGACAUGGGCCACGUGAGACUCUCCGACCUAGGUCUCGCUAUCGAGAUGAAGGAGGGACAGGACAUGACGAAAGGCUACGCCGGGACACCGGGCUUCAUGGCGCCGGAGCUGCUGAAGGGCGAGGCGUACGACUACUCGGUCGACUACUUCACCCUCGGCGUCACCAUCUACGAGAUGAUCCAGGCUAAGGGGCCGUUCCGCUACCGCGGGGAGAAGGUGGAGAACAAGGAGGUGAAGCGGCGGAUCCUGGAGGACGACGCGAGCUACUCGGAGCGCUUCAGCGCCGACUGCCGCGCGACGUGCAAGGCGCUGCUGACCAAGGACCCCGCGAUGCGCCUCGGCUUCCGCGACGGCUCCUGCGGCGAGCUAAAGAAGCACGGCUUGUUCGCCUCCAUCAACUGGGGCCGCCUGCAGGCUGGGCUCCUGGAUCCGCCGUUUGUGCCGGACUCCAAGACGGUGUACGCCAAGGACGUGAACGAGGUGGGGGCGUUCUCCUCCGUGAGGGGCGUGAACCUCGUGGAGGAGGACAAGGCCUUCUUCGACUCCUUCUCCACGGGCAGCAUCCCCAUCCCCUGGCAGGAGGAGAUCAUCGAGACGGGUGUGUUCGAGGAGCUGACUUGGCCGGCCGACGGCUCCCUGCCCGACAACCUCUGCAAGGACAAGAUCCCGACAUCAGAUGGAGCCGGCGCUCGCUCCUCCACAUGCACCGUGCUGUGAGCCGGCGGUGCUGCCCGGCCACUCAGAGGGAAGAUUUAGCACUGCCACGUGUGUGGGAGGUUGCUCAUGGAGCUCCUGGAGAAUCUUGAGUAC